UAUAUUAUCUUUAUAUUAGUAUUUUUAUUUUGUUAUUUAUUGCUGCUGUUUCCAGUAUAUGCCACCAAAGUAACCAUGGCAGUAUUACAAAUAAGAACAUCAUUCAUUUACAUGUACUGCCCAUUAAUAAAAAUAUAACAUUUUAUCAAUUAAAACUUCUAAAGUCUUCAAAGCACUUUCUUAUUUUUGUUACUAUUUUCUUUGGUUGACAAAUGUAAUUUUCUUCUCAUGUCACCGUACAAUGGUAAGUCAUAAAGUGUAAGGCAAAUAGAUAAAUAACGGUUUGUUUUAUGAACAAUAUUUUUAUAUAUUAAUGUUUUGGCUAAUAUAUCCCCUGUAUGAUCUAUUUAUGUGCAGAAUUACUCUAUUAUAGUAGUUUUUAAUAUUGUUUGCAGCAUAGACUGCACUCUGCUACAAUGAAGCACUUGUGCUCUCUGUUACAUUCUUGCUUUGGUUAAUCUGAAGGUCUCCUGUGAAAAGUGAAAGUCACUAAAAGCAUUAAUCACACAAGCAAACAUACAUGAGCUAUCUUUUGCUCUCUCUCUCUCUCUCUCUCUCUCUCUCUCUCUCUCUCUCUCUCUCUCUCAAACACAUAUACUUAUUUAAACCAGACAUACUUGUAAAUACACCAGGCCCAGCUUCACUGCCUGACUCUUACAGUAAGAUUACCAGUGGAACACUUUUGACAGAGGCACAAUGGCAGAGUAUGUGGUGUCCAGACCACUUUACACAGAGGAUGCCUUUAUAGAUGAACACAAGAAAGACUACCGACCACGCAAGACUAUGCGGGACCAUGUUAAACAAUACUUCACUUGCAAUUCAAAACGUGCAAAGAAUGCAGCCUUGUCUAUGUUACCCAUCAUUGGAUGGAUAAAAAUGUACAAUGUAAAAGAAUGGCUACUUAGUGAUAUUGUAUCUGGAGUCAGCACUGGACUGGUGGCUGUACUGCAAGGACUGGCAUACAGCUUACUAGCAUCUCUUCCUGCUUGGUAUGGAUUAUAUGCUGCCUUUUUCCCUGUGAUCAUCUACUUUUUUUUUGGAACUUCUCGACACAUUUCUGUAGGGGCAUUCCCAGUUCUGAGUCUCAUGGUAGGGUCUGUAGUAACCAGGCUAGUACCUGACGAGGGUCCUGUGGCCAACAUAACAGCCUUUGAGGGGCUUACAAUGGACCAGCAAAGAGCCAUGGUGUCUGCCUCACUUACUUUUCUCAUUGGUCUUUUCCAGCUUGGCAUGGGGUUGCUGCAGAUUGGCUUUAUAGUCAUUUAUCUGUCGGAUACUUUGAUAUCCGGGCUCACUACUGCUGCUGCAGUUCACAUCCUGGUGUCACAGCUCAAAUUUAUUUUUGGGCUGACAGUUCCAGGCUUCAGUGGACCAUUUUCCAUUAUAAAAAUAUUGGAGAAAACGUUUGGGCAGAUUACAUGCACAAACAUCUAUGAUUUGGUGAUGUCCAUUGUGGUGAUGGUUGUUGUGUUCAUUGUGAAAUUGCUCAACGAACGAUUCAAGAAAAAGCUCCCGGUGCCCAUCCCAAUAGAAGUCAUCAUGACUAUCAUUGCAUGUGGAGUAUCCUAUAUAUUCAAUUUCAAGAAUUAUGGAGUGGACGUUGUAGGAAAAAUACCAGAUGGAUUUGAGCCUCCGCUUGCCCCUAAUUUUCAGAUCUUUGAGGAAACGGCAGUAGAUGCUUUUCCUAUGUGUAUAGUGGGUUUUGCUGUGUCCUUUGCUGUGGCUAAAGUCUAUGCUGUCAAACAUGACUAUGUUAUUGAUGGAAACCAGGAGCUCAUUGCUUUUGGUGCAAGUAACAUCUUUGGUGGAGCUUUUAAAUCAUUGGCAGCCAGUACAGCUCUAUCCAGGACUGCAGUACAGGAGAGCACAGGAGGAAAAACACAGGUUGCUGGGAUUCUUUCUGCAAUCAUUGUCAUGAUAGUAACUCUGGCCAUAGGGUUCUUGCUAGAACCACUGCCAAAGUCAGUGCUGGGUGCAGUGGUAAUAGUAAAUCUGCAAGGGAUGCUAAUGCAGGUACGUGAAGUGCCUUACCUCUGGAGGAAGGAUCCACCUGACUGUGUUGUUUGGGUUGUGACCUGUGUGGCCUCUAUCUUGCUGGGGCUGGAUCUUGGCCUUGCUGUGGGCCUUGGAGCAGAGUUGAUUUCUGUUGUCUUUAGAGCUCAGUUCCCACACUGCUAUGUCCUGGCAAACAUCUCUGGCACUGACAUUUACAGGAACCGCAAGGACUAUGUUAAUAUAUAUGAACCAGAGGGAGUAAAGAUUUUCCGAAUUUCUUCACCAAUAUUCUUUGCAAAUAUUGAUUUCUUCAGAGGCAAACUGCUUGAUGCCGUGGGCUUCAAUCCCUUGAUAGUACUGAGAAAGAGAAAUAAAGCCCUACGAAAAAUUAAGAAGCUAAUUAAGAACGGGGAACUCACAGUCAUGUGUGCUCCCUUCCUAUUGGAGAGAAAUCGUUCCCUGCCUAUUGAAGAGUCUGAAGAUGAAAUAAACACAGAAGACUUAGAUUUGCCAACAGACUUCUCAAACCUUCCCAUUCAGGUGAACUGGAGAUCAGAGCUUCCUGCCAACAUUUUAGUUCCCCAAGUGGAUAUCCACAGCCUUGUCCUGGAUUUCUCUGCUGUCUCCUUCCUUGACAUUUCAGCACUCAAAGGCCUUAAAACGGCUUUGAAAGAGUUUAUCCGCAUUGACGUCGAGGUCUACAUUGUGGCCUGUAAUCCUUACAUCAUUGAGAAACUCAAGAAUUGCAAAUUCUUUGAUGAUGAGAUUAAAACAUCCAUCUUCUUUUUGACCAUCCAUGAUGCGAUGCUGCACAUACUCAGUAUGCAUCCACCUCUUAGCAUUAGCCAGAUGGUGAAUAGUAGACAUCAUGAGGAGAUGAAUAAUGGAAAUUGCAGCUUGCGCAGCAGAGGCAAGGAGCCAGAGACCAGAUUGUAAUGCACACCAUCUCUGUUGUGCUCAAGUAUUCUGGAGAAACCAAGACAAAAUAGUCUGUUGGAUGCUUUGAUUAUUGUGUAUUGUGCACGUAAUCGAUAGCAUGGAGAAUUCUGUAUAGAUUUAAUGUUUGACAUAAAUUUGUACUGUAAAAUGUAUUUUAUUUACAAAAUAUUAUGCAGUUAGUGCACUAUUGCAUGCACUAAAUCCUUUUAUCUUUUUUUUAUCUGGAUUAUUGAAGAAAUAUGGAUUCAUGGUAUAACAUUGCUAUUUUUUGUAUAUGUAAAAUAUUUUAUAAAUGUAAAAUAUGUCAGAUGUUUGUACAAAAUAAUCAUUAAAAAAAUAAAUACCAAAU